AUCUUAUUGGUCGUGUGUCAAAUAUAAUUGGACAUGCUAUGUUCAAGCUGAAUGGUGUUAAUUUUAAACUUCGUACCAAUGAUCAUGGAAACACUCUGCAUGUGGAUCAAUAUGUUAGAAAUAAAUACAUUAGUCUCCAUUAUCUUAGCCACUAUGGAUUUCCUGGAGCAGUGGAUGUUUAUGUGAUAUACAU